AUUACUACUUAUCCGUGAAGGCUCUGUACACGGUGGGAUACAGCACAUCUCUCGUUUCCCUCACCACCGCGAUGGUUAUCCUGUGUCGCUUCAGGAAGCUUCACUGCACUCGGAAUUUUAUCCACAUGAACCUCUUUGUUUCGUUUAUCCUACGAGCAAUAUCCGUUUUCAUUAAAGAUGGGGUGCUCUAUGCUGAACAGGAUGGUAACCAUUGUUUUAUUUCAACUGUGGAAUGCAAAGCUGUGAUGGUUUUUUUUCACUACUGCGUCAUGUCCAACUACUUCUGGCUUUUCAUUGAGGGAUUGUACCUUUUCACUUUACUGGUGGAAACCUUUUUCCCUGAGAGGAGAUAUUUCUACUGGUACACUAUUAUUGGCUGGGGCACCCCGACAAUUUGUGUCACUGUUUGGGCAGUGCUGAGACUUCACUUUGAUGAUACUGGCUGCUGGGACAUGAAUGACAACACUGCCUUAUGGUGGGUGAUCAAAGGUCCUGUGGUUGGAUCAAUCAUGAUAAACUUUGUGCUUUUUAUUGGCAUAAUUGUGAUACUUGUGCAGAAACUUCAGUCACCUGAUAUUGGGGGCAAUGAAUCCAGCAUUUACUUGAGACUGGCUCGUUCUACGCUACUGCUUAUCCCUUUGUUUGGAAUUCACUACACGGUGUUUGCUUUUUCUCCUGAAAAUGUCAGUAAGCGGGAGAGACUAGUGUUUGAAUUGGGACUGGGAUCUUUCCAGGGUUUUGUUGUUGCUGUUCUCUAUUGUUUCUUGAAUGGGGAGUUUCUCCCUAAAGGUGCAAUCAGAAAUAAAGAGAAAAUGGAGGAGCUGGAAAGUCAACCGGUAUUUUGCUGUGGAUUUCAAGCAUCGUCAUCCUUCUCUAGCGAGCAGCGGAGUGAACGGGGGGACACAACUCUCCAUUCUGAGCAAGAGCAGCUCUCAGAUUCGGAUGUCCAGCAUAAAUGCGGAGAACCUAGCGACAUGAGCAGCUAAGGAAAACAAAUCAAUCAACAAGCAAACCAAAAAAAAAAUCCCUUUAAAGAGAA